GAGGCUGCAGGGCGGGGAGAGUGUGGCCCAGGCUGCCGGAGCGGAUACCGAUCAUCUGGAGACGACCGGCACGGAGGAGGCUGGAGACGUGCGCUUCCUUUGUGGGAAUUUUAAAAACUAUUUUCCUUGAAACACGCUGCGGAGGAGUCCCGGGAGUUUCCAUUUAAACGAGAGCCUCUAAAGCGGUGCGAUGGAGGAUGGGAAGCCGGUGUGGGCGCCCCACCCAGCGGACGGGUUCCAGCUGGGAACCAUAGUGGACAUCGGAGCCGACAGCCUCACCAUCGAGCCUCUCAAACAGAAGGGAAAGACAUUUCUGGCUCCCAUCAACCAAGUGUUCCCUGCAGAGGAUGAUCCCAACAAACAUGUGGAGGAUAACUGUUCUUUGAUGUACUUGAAUGAAGCCACUCUGCUCAACAACGUUCGUGUGAGAUACAGCAAAGACAAAAUUUAUACGUUUGUAGCCAACAUCCUGAUCGCCGUCAACCCAUACUAUGACAUCCCAAAGCUUUACUCGCCAGAGACCAUCAAGCAGUAUCGCGGCCGGUCAUUGGGCACGCUGCCGCCGCACGUCUACGCCAUCGCUGAUAAGGCAUACAGGGACAUGAAGGUCCUGAAGAUGAGCCAGUCCAUCAUCGUCUCAGGGGAGUCCGGAGCCGGGAAGACCGAGAAUACCAAGUUUGUGCUCAGAUACCUGACAACCUCUUAUGGAACAGGCCAGGACAUCGACGAGAGAAUAGUGGAAGCGAACCCCUUGCUGGAGGCUUUUGGAAACGCGAAAACUGUCCGCAACAACAACAGCAGUCGCUUCGGAAAGUUUGUGGAAAUCCACUUCAACGAGAAGAAUGCCGUUGUGGGUGGCUUCGUGUCUCACUACCUGCUGGAGAAGUCGAGGAUCUGCAGACAAGGCCCCGAGGAGAGAAACUACCACAUCUUCUACCGACUGUGUGCCGGAGCCCCUGAGGACAUCAGGCAGAAGUUCCACCUCAGCUCUCCAGACACGUUCAGGUACCUGAACAGAGGAUGCACUCGGUUCUUCGCUACCAAAGACACGGACAAAAAUAUCAUGCAGAACCGCAAGAGCCCAGAGGUAGAAGGUGGCUGCGCCAUCAAGAACCAGUCGAGUCAGACGCUGGAGCACUGUGCCGAGCUGCUGGGCCUGGAUCAGGAGGACCUGAGAGUCAGCCUCACCACCAGGGUCAUGCUCACAACAGCAGGGGGCGCCAAAGGAACGGUCAUCAAAGUGCCGCUCAAAGUCGAGCAGGCCAACAACGCUCGGGACGCCUUGGCGAAGGCCGUGUACAGCCGCCUGUUCGACCACGUGGUGACCAGGGUCAACCAGUGCUUCCCCUUCGACUCCUCCGCCAACUUCAUCGGCGUCCUGGACAUCGCUGGCUUUGAGUACUUUGAACACAACAGCUUCGAGCAAUUCUGCAUCAACUACUGUAACGAGAAACUGCAGCAGUUCUUCAAUGAGCGCAUCCUUAAAGAGGAGCAAGAGCUGUACCAGAGGGAGGGGCUCGGAGUCAACGAGGUUCACUAUGUCGACAAUCAAGACUGCAUAGACCUGGUGGAGGCGAAGUUGGUCGGCAUCCUGGACAUCCUGGACGAAGAGAAUCGUCUACCUCAACCCAGCGACCAGCACUUUACCGACACUGUUCACAACAAACACAAGGACCAUUUCCGCCUGACUGUUCCCAGGAAGUCUAAGCUGGCCGUCCACAGGAACGUGAGGGACGAUGAAGGAUUCAUUAUCAGACACUUUGCAGGAGCCGUGUGCUACGAGACGACCAAGUUUGUGGAGAAGAACAACGACGCUCUGCACAUGUCUCUGGCGUGUCUGGUCAGUGAGUCCAAGGACCGCUUUAUUCGCGAACUGUUUGAAAACUCCAACAACAGCAAAGACGUCAAGCAGAAGGCUGGAAAGCUCAGCUUCAUCAGCGUCGGCAACAAGUUUAAGACCCAGCUGAAUAUUCUCCUGGAAAAGCUGCGCAGCACGGGCUCCAGUUUCAUUCGCUGCAUUAAGCCGAACCUGAAGAUGGUCAGCCACCAGUUUGAAGGAGCUCAGAUUCUCUCCCAGCUGCAGUGCUCAGGUAUGGUGUCCGUGCUGGACUUGAUGCAGGGCGGCUUCCCCUCCAGAGCUCCCUUCCACGAGCUCUACAACAUGUACCAGAGCUACAUGCCUCCCAAACUCACCCGCCUCGACCCUCGCCUCUUCUGCAAGGCUUUGUUCAAAGCCCUGGGACUGAAUGAGAAUGACUACAAGUUCGGCCUGACCAGAGUGUUUUUCCGGCCAGGGAAGUUUGCAGAGUUUGACCAGAUCAUGAAGUCGGAUCCAGAUCACCUGGCAGAGCUGGUGAAGAAGGUCAACAAGUGGCUCAUCCACAGCCGCUGGAAGAAGGUCCAGUGGUGCGCUCUGUCCGUCAUCAAACUGAAGAACAAGAUUUUGUACCGGGCCGGCGCCUGUAUCAAGAUGCAGAAGACGGUUCGAAUGUGGCUCUGCAGGAAGAAGCAUAAGCCUCGGAUCGAUGGUCUUGUCAAAGUGCGUCACCUGCAGAAGAGGAUGGACCGCUUCAACGAGGUGGUGGCCGGGCUGAAGGAGGGCAAGAAGGAGAUGAGCAAGCAGGUCCAGGAGCUGGAGGCCGCCAUCAACGCCCUGAUAGCCAAAAUCAAG